AUGCCACCAGUUCCCAUCUAUGUUAAAGGAGGCGUGUGGUCCAACAUCGAAGACCAAAUCCUAAAAGCUGCUAUUCAAAAGUAUGGUACUCACCAGUGGAGUAAGAUUGCCUCGCUUUUACAAAAGAAAACUGCUAAACAAUGCGAACUGCGAUGGAGCGAAUUUUUAAACCCUAGCCUCAACUUUACCCCAUUCUCAAAAGAAGAAGAUGCACGGUUAUUAGAAUUAGUAACACGAUUACCAAACCAAUGGAGAACCAUCGCAGGAGCAAUGGGUCGCACCCCGCAAGUGUGUGUUGAUCGGUAUAACGUUCUUUUGGAGGCAACAGACUCUGACGUCAAACUUGGGAGUUCAACCGACUUCGAAGUAGGUGAUAUCGAUUUGAAUGCGGAAAGCAGACCUGCAAGGCCAGACGCUGAUGAGCUCGAAAGUAUGGACAAGGAAAUGUUAGCUGAGGCACGGGCCAGGCUUCUGAAUACACAGGGUAAAAAAGCCACGAGAAAGAUACGAGAACGUAUGCUGGAGGAAAGUAAAAGAGUUGCUCGCUUACAAAAGAGACGUGAAUUGAAACAAGCUGGCAUUGACUCGAAGAUUAGGGCUCCGAGGAAGAGGUACGGUACUGAAAUCGAUUAUAAUGCUGACGUUGUUUACGAGCAAGAGCCUGGACUUGGACCUUACGAUACUACAGAAGAAGAUGAACGCGCUGCACGGGCUGUCAAAAAUUUCGAAGGUUCCGUUGACAGAAAAGGUUUGCGGGAAGAUGAAGAGAAGAGCAAGCUCAGGCGAAAAAGGGUCCGUGAUGAGAAGCCGGCGGUAGUUAGUAAUUCCACGGUUUUAACGAACGACUACAAGAAGCCUAAAUUAGAACUUCCGCCAUAUACGAAAACAGAUUCAAUGAUUCAGGCCCUAUCAAAGCGUUCUAAAAAGAGUAUCCUGAGACUGUUCAAGAAACUUCCAAAACCUAAAAACGAUUUUGAAAUAGAAUUGGAUGAAGAAGAAGAAGAAGACGAAGAGGAAGACGAAGAGGGUGACGAAAAAAAGGCAGAGAACGAAGUGGAAGGUGAUAACAAAGACGCCAAUCUCGGCCUCGAAGACAAUAAUGAAAUUGCUGCUUCUGAUCAAGUAUUUGACAAUCAAUCUAAAAGCGAACUCUCUUUCGGAUUUCGAGACCACUAUGGUCCCACCAAAUCUACUGCCCAAAACCUCCCACUACCAGACCCUAUCAUAAAUGCAUCCAACCAGGUGGAUCGUGAGUUUAACGAAUUAUUAGCAUCUUCACUUAUAGCUAAGCCGGCUAUAAAAGAUCCCGAGUUUGCUGCACUGAAGUCGAGCUUAGGAGCAUCGGUGAUGGAACCGAUGCCCAAACAGAAGCAGACUGUUUACCAAAACCGCGUAAAAGUAUUAUUAGAGUCUACUUUGGAUUCAGGACCUAGUAUGGGUGGUAUUCAGGAAGCACAAGCCAAACUGGAGACUUUACAGAGGGAUCUAAGUGCAGUAGAAACUUUGGAGAAGAGAAACCAAGAAUAUCAUCAUGAAUUAUUCUCUGUUCUGCUUCCGAAGUUGUUCAAUUCUCAACAAACGUACUUUUUGGACUACAGAAAGUACCAAAACGAGUACUACGCCGUGGCAGCUAGACGAAGUAACCUGGAAAAACACCUGGACGAAGCAGGUGCUAGCAAAGGUAAGCGUUAUUCAUAG